GCGCUGCGUGGCAUAGGAUGGUUCCGGACCUGUCCUCGGGAGCCUAAGCUGGGGCCGUGGCCAGGGUUGAGAAUCCUAUCCUGGGUUUGUGGGAGGAUGAGCAGGGGGUUGAGGGAGGAUGAGGUGGCCAGGAGGAACUUACGGGCCGUCCAAGGGGGGCUGCCGUCCCUCCUGCCCCUGCAAGAAGGGCUGGGGAUGAAGCUGAACCGAUUGGGGGCCGGGCUGUUACACUUGGGGGGUUUCGCUCUGCUGCUGGUGUCUGUGGCUGAGCCAACCUGGUCUCAGGUGGACUAUGGGGGCUCCUCCCUGGUCACCUACCCCAGCCCCUGGCUGCUCUGCUUUGGCCAGACCUGUCUGAAAAGACCCAGCUCAGUGUUGGGCGAGUUCUCUCGGGCCUUCUUGACCCUCUCGCUGCUCUUCUCUGGCUUGCUGAGCCUCGCUCUCCUCACCCUCACUCUGUGCCAGUACCAGCCCGUGAUGCUCAGCGAACAGCAGCUUCCAGCCGCGGGGGCCAACUUCGUCAUCGGGAUAGGCGUACUCCUGGGGAUCGGGUUCUAUGUUGCGUUGAUCUCCCAGUCGAUCCACAGCUCAGAGACGAUCAACAUCUCUCUCCGCUGGCCCAUCUACACGACUGCUUUGAGCUUCUGCUUUUUCAUGGGGGCUGGCACUCUUCAUCUAGCCACUCAGCGCGUGACCUGGAGUGCUCUGAUCCUACCCUCCAGCCGGCCCGGACUCAUGUCUCAUCCAAAGGAUGACAGAAGCAGGAGCAGCAUCCCAACUUCGUCCAUCUGGGAAUUGCCAGCUGAGCCUCAGGGUCGUCCUUCCCCCACGCCCUGAUCCAUGAAGGCCCCUGGCUCUGUAGAUCGGAUGUGAACCAUGUGCAUAAAUGGUUGUGUUAAUGGCCGGGUGUCUAGGGGUGAGGGCGAAGGGUGAGGUAUGAUAUGACCCAGAUGUAUUUAUGAGACCAUAUGUGCGACUGAGUAUGUGUACGUGUCGAUGGGAGGUGGGCCUUUAAAGGUAGAAAUACAUUUGUGUAUUUAAGUGUGGACCAGGGAAGCUGUGUCUGUAUGUGGAUCUAGGUGCGUCUCUCACUCUGUGUGUGUGUGUGUGUGUGUGUGUGUGUGUGUGUGUGUGUGUGUCUUCCUGGGUCCUGCCCACCUCCCCCAGGGAUGGAGAAACUGGGUGGAUUGAGGGACAGGUUGGAUGGGGAGUCAGCUACCCAAUAAAAAAACUCGCAACGG